UUGUCUUCAUUUCAUUUCUUUUAACUUGUGAUGGCUGUCCCCGCUUAUGACCUCAGAGAUGAGAAGCAAGCGAAAGAAUACUUGAAAAACAUUGGCAUAGAAUUUCGUUUUCAGUGUUACAGCGAAAAGAGCGCUGAAGGAUGUCAUCGACUCGCAGAUUUUCUUGAAAGUAUACAGAAAGACUUUGAAAAAGCUGCUAAGGUUUUCCAGACAAACUGUGAUGAUAAUAACUAUGGACACAGCUGCUACAAAUUUGGAAACUACAGAGUUUUAGGAAGAGGUUGUGAGAAAAAAAUGGAUGAUGCCCUCAAGUACCACGUGAAGGCGUGUGAACUUGGGUACAUGCCGGGCUGUCACAAUGCAGGGCUGAUCUAUGGAGGUGGGAAAGUCGGGGACAAAGACUUCAGAAAGGCCCUAGAGUACUUCAUAAAGGCCUGUAAUAAUGACUAUCAGUUUGGCUGCUACCAGGCCAGCGGCCUCUACAUAAGCGGGAGGAAAGACGUACCCAAAGAUAUGGCAAAAGCCUUCAAGUACUCUGUGAAAGCGUGUGAGUUGGGAAACAUGUAUGCUUGUUCCAAUGUCAGUCAGAUGUACCAGAAGGGAGAUGGGGUGAAGAAAGAUGAAAGACUGUCUGAAAAGUACAAACAACAGGCUAAGGAAAUGGCCGAUGCUGUGAACAAAGCUCAGCGCACAUUAACAUUUGGCCAAUGAUAGACGGUGCAUAUUUUUGGGGCAACAGUAGUAAUUUAUUUAUAGUCUGGCUAAUGGCCGAUCUAUAUAAGACCAGGUAUGCAAAAGUGUGAUGUGGUUAGUGUGAUGUAGAUCUGGUUAGAUGGCAGAGUCUUUGACCAUACGGCUUGGUCUCACUAAAGAACCAAAGUUUUGUUUUUACUGAAGCAGAAAUGCUCCAUGAUACAAGAAAACUAUUGGUUUGAGCAAUUUGUUGAACCUAUAAUGUUCUGCGAAACUGUGCUCAGGUGCUGUAGUUUUGAUGUGGUAAGCAAGAAUCAUUAGUGUUUUUAAUAGUGUAGUAGAAAGCCAUACAGCAGUGUUUGAAAUCACUUGGAAUGCAGAUCUCAUUGUACUGUGGUAUAUUUCAUCAGGUGGAACUUCAGGUCCUUUUAUACUAGCAACCUCUUUUAUGGCAGACAAGUAAAUAAGUUCUUGAACAAGAUGAUGAGAGGUAAAAGUACAUUACCCACUGAGUUGUUUGACACGAGGGAACCCCUCAUUACUGCUGUAUUGUGCAUCCUGCAUCCUUUCUCAUAGAUCAAUACUAUUUAUUUAAUUUUUUUAUACUGAGUGUUUAUUGAUAUGUUAUUAGUAGUAGAUUUAAGGAAAGUUGAUUCAAAUUGCACAAGAUAAUAAGUUCUUAGGAACGUGCAUGAUUUUCCAAAAGCAUGAAUUUUGUAAAAAGAAAUCCAAUUCAUCAUUUGUUGUUGUCGUCAUAAGAAAUUAAUAUUGCAAUAAAUGAAAAUCCUUGGCUUGAUUCUCUUUUCCCCCAUGAUUUGGAGGCCAGACAAUCUUUUUUGAGUACAGACUAACAACCCUAAGUA